AUGAGGAGGGGGCUCAAUUACCCCGAAACGCGCGAGGAAGAGUCUCCGCCUACCAGGCCCUACGUACCUCCCUACCAUGGUUUUACUACCUUUGCAAAUCCGGCCAAUCCAGCGGAACCCAGCCGAAGCAACCCUUACAGUAACGAAGUGCCGCCCAUGAACAACUCUCCACACCAUACAGUGUCCUCUUCCGGCUCAAUGUUCAUGUCACCACAGUCACCAAUGCAUGCAUCACAGCCCGCACGAUCGGCAAUCCUACCCUCUCCAUCAUCGAUGCAUUUUCCUAGCGGUGCUACCUUACUGCCUGUCUCACCGCCAGCAGCAGCAGCGACGCAAACUUCAGCGCAAUCGGCCCUUUUACAGGACUUGCAGCACCAGAUCAGUGUCAAAACGAUAGCCCUACAGACCCUUCAGCGCGAAUACGACAGUUUGCUGCAGAAACUCGAGCGACAGCGCACGAAGUGUGCGACGUUGGAAAAGAAAUUCGAAGUCACUGACGUGGAGAUUAAUUCUCUGACAGACGAGAAAGAGAAGUUGCAAGCACAGGUAGUAUCAUUGGAGUUUCAGGUGGAAGAGCUGCAGGAAAGUAGGGACGAAAGUCGGCGACAGCUGGUCUCGAACGGAAACCAGUAUAUGCGAAUCAUGGAGAUGGCAAAUCGUCUACAGGCACAGAGUGCUGAUGACAAAAAGCGUUGGGACGCGGAGAAGACGGAAUUACAGCAGCGGAUCAAAACUUUGGAGGAGGCCAUGGUAACUGGCUCUAAUUCCGAGCAUACGGACCGAAGUCCUCCUCCUUCAAUCAUCCUCGCGCAUACUCCGGGCACCACAAACUCAUCGUCGGCCGAGACCAUCAACGUACUCAGAGCCGAGGUCGGCCGACUACGUAUACGGACGCAAACCUUGGAGACAGCUUUGCGUACAAUGAAAGAGGAGGGACAGUCUAUCCAGGAAGCUGCAAAAAAGCUACUGGAGUCUGGUUGCAACAUGGAGCGGGCCACCCAAGCCUCCCUGGAGUGA